CCUCUGCUAUCUCCCUGAUACCAAUACAAAGAUUUUCAAGCACUGUUUCUUUAAAUUUCUCGAAGCUAUCGGCAUUACAAGAGUUUGCCGGAAAUGUUCGUCAAUUGGCCAUAUUACCCUGCUACAUACCUGGUGCUGACGCUCUCCGGCGCCAUGACGGUUUUCACUUUUAGCGCAGUCGAUGGCUUUUUCCUCUGCGCCUGUGUGUAUACGAGUGCGUUGUUUCGCAUGUUGCAACAUGACAUACGUAACGCAUUCGCUGAAUUGCAAGAACUGGAGCACUCAACGUUGGCGCAAAACAUGCGGAUACAGCAUCGAUUGGCGGUGCUCGUUGAGCGCCACAACAAAAUCAUCGAUCUGUGCAGCGAUUUCGCUUCGGAAUUUUCACUCAUCAUCCUGAUGCAUUUCCUUUCGGCAUCGCUGGUGUUGUGCUUCAGCAUUUUGGAUUUGAUGUUGAAUUCCUCUUCUGUAGGCGUCUUGACUUACAUAUUCUACAGCAUCGCCGCAUUAACUCAACUGAUUCUCUACUGCAUUGGCGGCACUUAUGUCAGUGAAAGCAGCCUGAAAGUUGCUGAGGUCAUAUAUGACACCGACUGGUACAAGUGUGAUGUGCGCACGCGUCGCAUGUUGUUGCUGAUCAUCUGUCGCGCACAGAAGGCGAAAACCAUACRGGUGCCAUUUUUUACGCCAUCGCUGCCAGCUUUUCGUUCGACCUAUUAACUACAAAAUCACAACAACCAUAGUGAAAUAUAAUUGAAUCCAAAAAACCAUGUGAUGAGGAAAACCAGAUGAAGGAAAAAUAAUGAAGACUAGUCGCUUCGCGGCUCCAAUUAUCACUUUUAACCAACAAAACAGCGACUUAGAAAUAUAAUUUCCAUAACGUGAAGUAGAACCAACCACCACAGGGAUCUGAAGCCAACAAUAUAAAAUUGAAAACGAUCAACAUAAAGCCUUGAUAAAGAUCGUCUGAUAGCGAAGAUACUGCAACUUUGGAAAUUAUAAUUUAAAAAUUAUCCAAUCGACCGACUCGCAUUACAUAAUUUAUUUAAACUAUUUGUACUAAUUGUAAUUUUUUAGCUACCAGGCGAACAUAAAAAUUGCAUGUGAAUUUACAGAAUACACAAAAAACAACAAUUUCAGCAAAAUUAACAACAGGAGUGUUGCCAUUGGUGGCAUAUGAACUUUCAGCGCAACAAUAAAGUAGCACUUGUAAAUUUUUACUAAAACCUAACAGUUCUCGCAUUCCUUAACUUCUGACAAUAAUAAAUCGAUUUUUUAUUUUCUUUUGGUUGUCUCUACCUUAUAUACAGGGUAUACCAAAAUGAAAGCAAGCUUUAAAUUUGCUACCAYUUCAAAAUCUCUGCASAGUUGACGAAUGUAAAACGCCAGUCCGAUCAUAUUUGAUAUGAAAUUUUUGAAUUGCGGCCGCCAAGCUUUCAUUAUUUUUUAAAUAUUGUUCAAUAAUUUAAUCCAUGUUUACUACGCUUAAGCUGUCAGCUGGCAAUUAAUUUUUUGCCAAUUUUUUUGGUUGUCAACACUUUACUGCAUAAAUGGCAGCAAACUUAAAACUUGCUUUAAUUUUGGCAGACCCUGUAUUUAAUUCUAACCUUGCGUUAAUUUUGCGCGCCUGGUGCAAAUGAAUUGCCUCUACAUGUUAGUUUGGGUGCGUUGGCUGAACGAAAUGUAUGAGUAAAUUGACCGAAUGACUAGGCGCACAUAAAAUCCAGGAAGGCUACAACAAUGCACACUAUGCAAACAUUGGCGACACAGCGACCYCCUCAUGUUGCUUAACAGCAUGCUGCCAUGUUAAUUGCAGUGCUCGUUUAACAUAAUUAGCGUUUACAUACUGCUGUUUAUGUUUGCCUGGUACUAAUUGGUAAUUUUAUAAUUUUAGCGUCGGGCAGAUUCCAUAAAUGACCACAGGGUGCAUCGAAGGAAAUUAUUUGGGUUAUAUUAGUUUUAGAACUUCAGGAUUUUACUACAGUAAUUAAUACAAAUAUAUUUAURAGAAUGGAAGGAAAGCGUUUUGAAUGAUAAUUACAAAAAUAUUAAACSACAGAAUUUUUAUUCGA